AUGAAUCAGUACUCUUCCGAGAGCACGCAUCUGAAGUCUCCGAUGAAACUUCGUUGGCCACCGAAGUGUGAAAUCGGUGCUCCCAGUGUGGCUUACACGAUUAAUUCCGUUAAAUUUUUGAUGAUGUGGUCAUGAAAAACCCUCGGGCAACGUUUUCAUCACGAAAUAACGGAAGAUGAUUUUGAUUCUCACUUGUAGCACGCAUAAUCAACCGCAACACGAAAAAUGCAAAUUUCGUACUGACGCCGGCAUGUUUUUCAGAAUUUUUUGUUGCUCUUUGCAAGUUUUGCUCAUGAUAAACACGUUCAUGAAGAAAAACGGAAAGGUAAAUCAGUAUUCUUCCGGCGGCGUUCCGAGCGCCACGCCAACUCUCAUUUCGCUUCUCGAGCGACAGUAGGCAAGCGAGAGAGUGCGAGACAAGGAGAAUGCUGCCGGCGACGCAGAGAGCACGCGUAAUUGCUUGCGCUUUUCUCGUGCAGGAGACCGUGAUAACGGCGGGGACGCGCGGCCGUGGACUAGAAUUCUCAUCGUGGACUUGAAGAAAAAUCACCGCUUGCAGCUGGAGCUGAUAAAACGAUUCUUUUCGCUGAAAACCCGGUAAUUUAUUGAUCGUGUGGAUUAUUGACGAUUGUCGUUUUUUUAAAUGUCCGAUACUAAUAUUUUGAAAAUGUAAAUAAGAUGUCAUUGGCUUUUUUUUACCUUCCGAAAAAAAAAACUAAAAAUAACUUGUUUUGUUUCAGCACUUUCAGUUCUUAAUUCGAGCGCAUAUUUGAAAGACUUAUUUGUUAUUUUUUCUCUUAUAAGCCUUUUCACUUUGCAGAGAAACAUGAUACCUCAAAAUCCUUAUGAAUCUCACAUCGAUCUUGCUGUUUCAGCAACUUCGGUAAGUUAUUUGGUGAACUAAACGCUUUUCAUCACAGUACUUUUCAUCACAUUACAGGCUAAUUUUCGAGAUAUGUCAAACGAACAACUCAUCGCCGUACUCGAUGAUGACGCGAAGCUGGAGUCAAUAAUAUUGAAUCUCCCUCAAGUCAGUUUUGUUUAAUGAGUCCGUUAUCUUUGUUAUUUCAAAAUCAGUUUUUUUGUAAAUUAAUGUGUUUUUUGCAGGUGCGUUCAAUUCCAACUGACAAAGAAUCAGCCCUCGCUGCAAAUAAAUCGUUAGCUGAGUGGAAUCUCGCUCAAAAGCCGAGAAUCGAUGCAAUAAAGAUUCUAAUAUUCAAUCUCUAUGAUCAACUGAAAGAGUUACAAACAGAGGUUGACCAUCUCAAGAAUCAACUCGGUACGAAUCUCUUACUUUAGCAUAAUGAGGAUAUUCAGUGAUGUCAAAAAAAAAGCAACGCGUGCACAGUUUUUCCAUUUUCUCUGGCAUUUCGUUAUUAAUCUAAUCGUAGUCUACUCGAGUUAUACGGCGGCCUAAUAAGAUUGAUAUGACACCUAAUUAGAUUAAUAAAUUGUCUAGCUAGAUUAAUAAAUCUUCUAAUUAGAUUAAUAAGUGCUCAAAUCAAGUUUCACGCCAACCGUUUGUUGACUCAAACCUCGAUUGCGCCAAGAAAAAACAGCCGAAUCUAAUUAGGUCGCGUUUAGAUCAGUAACUUUCUAAUUAGAUUAAUAUCGAAUUGCCAGAGUUUUUGACAUCGCUGGAUAACCCCAUUAUGGUUUUAAAGUUCAUGGCUCUAGAGCGGGCAUCUUCUCAAUUUUCAUAUUUGUCGUGCACUAAAAAAGUAACAUAGUUUUAAGCUGUAGUUCGAAAUGGGAAAUUUAUGUUUCCAAAGUCCCAAAUUUUGGUGAAUUUUCGAAAAAAGCUAAUGAGACCACGAGAAGUACACGGUUCGUGUUUUCGUGCGGCACUCGGAUAAUUCUGUCUGAAUUUCGAUUCUGAUCCUGAGUUUCGACAAUUUUGUGUCUUUAUAAAUGGCCUCGAGGAUACUGAAACGAAAUUAAAAAUCUCGAACUUUUUCCAAAUUUGCCGCCCGGGGACUAGAAAACUCCACAUGCCGUACUUCUCGUGGUCUACUUAGCUUUUCUGGAAAAUCCAGCCAAAUUCGGGGAGAUUUAUUCAGAGUUUGGUACUUUGGGAACAUGAAAUCCCCACGUUGAACUUAACUUUUAAAAUAUGUUACUUUAUUAGUGCACGACACUUUUCAACUUCACUUCCAACUCCAGAUUCUAUCUCCUCGUCGAAAUCGCUCGACACGACAUCAAGUUUGAUGCAGGUGGCAGCUCAGGAGGCCGACGAUGAUGCCGAAGCGCUCACGACACGAUUCGAAAGCGGCGAAUUGUCUAUUGAUCUGUUUUUAAAACAAUUCAAAGAGAAGAAAGCUUUGGCACAUCUCCGAAAAAUCAAAUCAGAUCGUCUUUCCGCUCUUUUGCGUGAACAAACGUAUUCAUUCGCUCAGACUACUAGUACGCCAAUGCCACAAUCGAGGUAUCCAGUGCCGCAUCAGAUGCCGGUAAUCGAUCAUCCGUUCGGAUCAGGUUACUCAGGAUAUCCAACUUUGUCUCAACCAUCUGCUGGCCGUCAUCCAUUCUUCUAAUCGAUUUUAUUUUAUUUUUAAGCAAGAACAAUUCCAAUAAAUUGUUUCACUAAACAUUUCUUUACUUAAAGUUUCGGUUCCUUCCAUUUUUAUCUUUCUCGUAUGUCGAACACUUCAUGUUUUCACAGGAAUCAGGCGUGUGCGGAAUCAAAAAUGAUUUAAAUUCAUGAUUUCCAACUUAAAUGUUUCCGAAAAAUCCGGAAACAUUUUUGAAAUUAGCAACAUUUUGAAGGCCUCAGCAUAAAAUUCAGAGACCAUUUUUAACGACAAGAGUAAUUUUGGCGGAUAAUUGCUUAAUUAUUCCGGUUCAAAUCCCGAAAAUCACGUGAUUUUGCACCGUUUCCGACAUUUCCGCACAAGCCUGGCAUAUUGAUCGAUUUUAUAGCGCUCAAUGACUUCCAGGACGACGUUAAACGUUGGUCUUCGAUUGCUCUGUCAGGUUAGAAUUUGACAGUAUUUACUUUCCUUCUAUGUCGUGCAGAUCAAAAUACACCAGAAUAAUUUUUGUUUUGCAGAGUCGAAACUUUGCAACUCUCAGGGAAACUGUUGGCGAGCAAAAUUCGAAAAUUCUUUACGAACCUAUUUUUAAGGAUGAAAGGGAAUUUCCAGGGUAAUUUUCUAUUGAAGAAAUUCUUAUGCGCCUGCUCUGUUUCCCCCAGAUAUAACACAGUCAAUGUUCAAAUGCAAGGAUGCGAUUUCGGCUCACUUGAAAAAUAUCAGGCGUAUGUGCACAAAAUUGCGAACCGGUUCGGAUUUUCGGUUGCGGAUAGCUACGCUGUAGCUGCUCGUGCACAGAAAGCAAUCACCUACAAACCGUACUCAACUCUUUCGGAGUCUGAAACUGAAAUCUUCGUUUAUCAUCGAGUUAUACGUCUCACUGAAGUCGCUGCUCCUCGUUUUUCACUUUUCAGUCAAUUAAUUACAGCGCAUGUUCCAGUCGGUGUUACAGUGAGUUACUGGCAAAAUUCUGGCAAUCGUGCAUCGCUCGUGAAAACCCAGCCGCGGCCGAAUUCACGCGAAGAGCGGUAGAGCUCGAUUGCCACACUUCUGCGGGCUCCUCGACAUUUCACAACUCGACAUUUCGCAACCGCGUCAUUUCGAUACCCACGUGAACUUUCACAGUGCAAUUUAUCGCUAAGUAGUUCACGUUUGUUGCGAAACGUCGCGGUUUCGAAAUGUCGGGUUGCGAAACGUCGGGGAGCUCUUCUGCGGCUACAAUAUGUGCCCAACUUUUCUACGUUUUAGGUAA